UGUUUCUCCUGCAUCUUCGAAACCGCUUUGUACGCUGGACGUCUCAGAGUGCGAGAAGAGAAGGGGUUUGAUGGAUAUGUCCCAAAUGAAGAACAAACCAUCUUCCGACCAUUUCUAUCUCCAAAUCUCUGCCUUCUUUUUCUUCUUCCUCCAGCCCUUCUUCUUCUUCUGCAUCUGCUCGCGACGCCAAAAUGACCGUAAUCGAUGUCAUCUUCCGAGUCGAUUCCAUUUGCAAGAAAUACGAGAAGUAUGAUGUCGAGAAACAGCGCGAGCUCAAUGCUUAUGGUGAUGAUGUUUUUGCUCGCCUCUACGCCGCCGUCGAACUCGAAAUCGAAGCCGCUCUCCAGAAAUAUGAGAGUGCCUGUACGGAGAAGAAUAGGGCUGCUGCAGUUGCGAUGAACGCUGAGGUUCGGCGGAAGAAGGCCCGAUUGAUGGAUGAAGUUCCCAAGCUUCAUAAAUUGGCUCGCAAGAAGAUUAAAGGGGUUCCGAAAGAAGAGCUUGAGGUCAGAGGUGAUCUUGUUCUUGCGCUUGAAGAGAGGAUUAAAGCGAUUCCAGAUGGGAGUACGACAGGCAAACCAUCUGGAGGAUGGGCCUCCACCUCAUCUAACAAUAUUAAGUUUGAUUCAACAACAGAUGGACACUUCGAGAGCGAGUAUUUCCAACAAAGCGAAGAAUCGAGUCAAUUUCGACAGGAGUAUGAUAUGCGGAAGAUGAAACAGGACGAAGGUCUGGAUGUCAUAUCUGAAGGGUUGGAUAUGCUGAAAAAUCUAGCCUAUGAUAUGAAUGAGGAAUUGGAUAGGCAAGUUCCAUUAAUUGACGAGAUUGACUCAAAGGUAGACAAGGUGACUAAUGAGAUGAAAAACACCAAUGUUAGGCUCAAGCAAACGCUGAAUGAGGUGAGAUCCAGCCAAAACUUCUGCAUCGAUAUCAUUCUUCUCUGUAUAAUUCUUGGAAUCGCUUCUUACUUGUACAAUAUAUUGAGCGGAAAUGGUUGAAUUAUGGGCUGACCAUGAGUUACGAGGUGACAUGGAGGCAUUAUUCAUUCAUCAACUUCAAUACUACAUGUCGAGAUCUGCAGCCGUGUACAAUUUCUUUAUUUCAGUGGCUGGAUAAAUUGUAAAACAUCUCCCAUUUUCACUAUGGCUAUAUCAAGGAAGAAGUCAAUUAUAAAGAUGCAAUUUUU